GUAUUAAGAUGGAAAGCGAGUCAGCAGUCAGCGAGAAGUUUGAUAAGAUCCAACAUAUGUGCUUUGGGUUCGAGGAAUGCGUGAAGAAUGAGGAUCAGUACUUCCAGGAGUGAUUACAGAUCUGUGAAGAGUUGGUUAAGGAUAUUCAGAGGGAAAACUUGUUCUCACCUAAUGAAGAGAUAGAGGAUAUUGACCCGAGAAAUCUUAAGUAUUUACUCUUGCCUUAUUAUCAGGCGGAGACCAUGUUCAGGUUCAUGGAGGAUAGGAAGAAGAGGAUUCAAGUAUCCAAAGACUUCUUUAAUGAAUUUCUGAAGCUCAUGGACCACUACAAUCUAGUAGAUGAGGCAUCCAAGAAGAUCUGGAAAGCCAGUAUGCAUCCGGAAGAAGCUAGCAAUGUCCCAAAGAUGACUGCCACAGAAGACAGGGCUGCCAAGAUAGAAGAGUUCAAGAAGAAAAAGCUCAUAGAGGCUCAGAUCGAAAAAUUAAAGGGAAGUGAUGAUGACAAAGAUAUUAAGGAAUUCUGGCUAAAUAUGAUCUACCAAGGCAUCAUGAAAUCUAUCAGCGGACUUAAAAGUAUCGACCUUGAAUUCCAGCUAUUGGUGUACAGAGACAGCCUACCUGCUGAAGCAAGGAAGCCUUCUGAGCCACCAAAAGAGAAAAAGCCAAUCCAGAUGUUCCACAUCCCAAAAGGAGCUCUAGCUGGGAAAUCUUACAUGUUUGGGGAUGGAGAAGAGGCUGAGCUUCCUUCACAAGCUCCUCUUGCAGAUCCUUCAGUAGUGAGAACUUAUCAAGAGACUGGGGAAAGAGUCGCAGUUGAUGUUGGCAGUAAUCAGGUUAAUGACAGAGUCAACCUAAGAGGCCAAAUGGAAGCACAAGUAUUCCAACCUCACUGGAACCAGCCGACAAUGUCAUUAGAAGAGUUUGGAGAGAUGGAAUAUCAGGAUAUGAUGAGAAGAGAAGCCGAAGAAAAAGAAAGAAAUGAUAUUCAAGCAGCCAAGGAUGAGGAAACUCUUGAAGAAGAGGAAAGACAGAAGGCUAUUGCUAAUGACAACAUGAAAGACGAAGUUCCAAAGGGAUAUGGAAACACAAAAAGGUUAUAAUUGCUGUUCAGCUUUGAGCCUAAUUUUUCAAUAAACACAUCAUUCA